AUGACGCAUACGUCCCCUGCAACAAGCGCCUUGUGGGCUAUUCUAUCUACUAUAUGGAACCGCGGGAACUCGGGCGCAUUUAAGCGCGUGAUGACGUACUCGUACCUAACAAGCGUCCCGUUAUUAAUGCUAUAUAGUAUAACCAUGACGGUAAUAAAGUACGAAGAAGGGUAUGCGGCGAUCCCUACAGUCGGGAUCGUUCCUAGGCCGUACCAGCUCUGGACGCACCCGCAACGACACUGGGUCGAGGCGAUUUAUAUUGCAUUUAGCGUUGCCUGGGCACUUGAAAUUGUUUCUCACCUCGAGGAACUUUGUUUCUGGUUGUUCUUGAUCAACGUCGGUGCGGCACAGACGAGCUGGUUCAGGAGCAUCCAUUUCAAGUGCUGGGUCGUAGGCAGCGUGCUCGCCAUCACCGGUCUCCCGAUCAUCGCCGUGUUCACACGCGAAAACCCGCUGAAAUGCGAAGCAUGGACGAUCUUUGUGGGUUCGAUCGGUUCGUUGCUCAUCACGCUCUGGUUCCUCCGUGUGCUCUGGCUUUUCCCCGCGUUUCUACGACGAGUCAAGAACGAGGGUGCCGAACCAGAGGUCGUCGUUAGGCUGAGCACGUUCCACGAGCUCAACAUCAUUCGCGUCGUGUUCCGGUUCAUGUUUGUUCUUCCCCUGCUCACUCUUGCUGCCGAUGGAAUCAAGCCGCACCACAACCACGUCAACGAGUCUCCGUUCUGGACGGACUUGCUCGCCAUGUUGGGCGCUAUUGGGUGCAUCGUUAGCUCCAUCAUCACACUGCUCAUCUUCUUCCCCCGCUCGAUCGCCAAAGAAGCAGGGUACAAACCACGCCAAAAGACCAUGUCCCAGCCUUCGCGAGGCGCACACCACCUCGGACCACCCCGCCACACCCAAUCCCAAGCGCAACUCGUGUCGUCAUCUUCCCCCUCGCCCGUGGACGUCAAGGACCCGCACCUGUACGACGAACCGACGACGAUCCAGCAGCCCGGAUACGGGUACCGAGCACCGACGAUCAAGAUUGCGGGCGCGAGCAAUCGGGCGGCUGUUACGGGCGGAGGAGCCUGGGAGCGCGUCGGCCCUGCGGGCGAGGAGAUGCGUGCGGGCGGGGUGGGCGGGGCGUGGGAGAUGGUGGAUUACCACCAGUACCAGCACACGGUGUUAUUCUGCCCACGCAUAUGCCGAGACGGGCAGCAGGCGCGAGACGGCGUUGCAUCCAUGGUGUUGAACUAUACGAGUCCGAUCGAUUUGAUUGAAGGAUGGGACGAGAGCGAUCCGUACCCCCCUGCACGACCAACGCACUACUGA